UCUCAGUGGAACUUGAUGCUGUUUUGUUUGUUUCAGUGGAACUUCCCGAACGCCAUGAUCACCCGUAAGGCUGGAGCCGCCCUGGCUGCCGGAUGCACUUGUGUGAUCAAACCAGCGGAGGACACUCCACUCUCGGCCCUGGCUGCCGUCGAUCUGGCUGAGAAGGCUGGCUUCCCUCCAGGUGUGAUCAACGUCGUGACGGCCUCCAAGGAUAACACUCCAGCUGUUGGUAACCUCAUGUGCACCAGUGACAAGGUUGCAGCUAUCUCCUUCACAGGUUCGACUACAGUGGGACAGUUGUUGUACAGACAGUGUUCAGAGGGCAUCAAGAGGAUCGGACUGGAGUUGGGCGGCAACGCUCCGUUCAUUGUCUUCGCUUCAGCGGAUAUUCCCUCAGCGGUUGAAGGCCUCAUGGUGGCCAAGUUUAGAAAUGCCGGACAGGCUUGCAUCAGUGCCAAUAGGGUGUUAGUGGAAGACAGUGUGUACGAGACAUUUGUGAAGACUCUGACAACAGUAGUGGCUGAGAGACUGGUGGUUGGUGAUGGUUCUCACCCCCAAGUUAAUAUUGGUCCUCUCAUCAAUGUGGCUCAGCUCAAGAGGCUUGGAUGACAGAGAGGGUCACCUGUCAAUCAACGAGAACUGACGGAGACGGACUAACGUCCUGGAGACGUCCCAUUUUGGAUUUAAUUACCUGUGCAAGUGUAUGAAAUUGCAGGACGUAACCCCACAUCAUUGCAGCGGUAAAGAACCUGCUUUCCUGUCAUCGGGACAGAAUACUCACGGCGAUACUCUGUGAAGAACUAGCCGGUGGUGGUCACCAACACCUGCGACCCCCCCCUCCCCCAUCAGCAACGGCUAAGAUUUCAACAACACGAAGUGUCACCAACACCAGACACCCCAAUAUAUAUAUUAGCGUUGAGUUCAAAUGUUAUUUUAUUCAUUUCAUUUUUCAUUUUUCUUUCAAAUAGGAUAUACCUGUCAUGUUUUAUUGUUUUAUGUUUGCUUUAAUAAAUAAUAAAGUGUUUAUCUUUGUUAAUUAUUAUUUCGUUUUCUAUUCAUUAAUUUUCCUGAG